CGGAAAACGCGUGGAACGAUGGGGGGGGCUCCUCAGGCCGAGAUCGGUCAUGACGUCGCAGUCAUCGACCUCGUGCUGCACAUGUACAGCAGGGCGCCGACGCGGAAGAGGCUGGCGGAGCUGUGGGCAAAGUACACGGAGGACUCCGAGACGGAGCGCAAGUCGAAGGGAUUCGAGCUCGUCCGCGUGCACCACCAGACGCUGACCCGCAUGUUCUGCGACGAUCCCGACGGGGAAUUCCUCGACAUCGACGACAUCAGGUGCGUCUGGGAGGAGUUCGUCGACGCCCUGCGCGACGCCUCCGCCAAGGCGGGCGACCCGCAGCCGAGGGCGUCGUCGCUCGAUUACUCAGACGUGGAGCAACCCGCAAUCAAGCGGUCGCCGUCGUUCGCCAAGCUGGUGAAGGACCUCAGCUCCGAGGCGACGGCUCCGAGCUCCCCCGCGAUCGAACGCGUGUCGGGCAAGGGCAUGAUCCUCGGCGUCGGGUGCUCGUCCAGGGACAACAGCGCCCGGGGGGGAUCCGAGUACUUUCGAAGGAUGCAGGCGGAGAAGGGCAAGAUGGACGGAGCGGCGCUCAUGGACCAGCUCCAGAAGAAGGGGCUCACGAGGAAUCUCUCCGGUACAUUCGACGCGGACGCCGCGAAGAACUGAUCCAACCGAGUAAGAUUAGUCCCAAUCUCAUCUCAUUAUUACACACCGGUUCGCGUUGGCGCGACCUCUUCUUUAUCAUCACGUCGCGACGCU